AUGGCGACCUCCCCCGCCGGCCGCAUGUUGUCCCGUCAACUGCAGCAGAUGCAGUCUGACAAGGACAUUCCUGGGAUCAGCUGUGGUCUGGUAGAUAACAACAUCUUCGAAUGGGAGGUCAUGCUGAUGAUCUCCGACGAUGUUAAAUUAUAUGGAGGCGGGUUUUUUCGAGCUCGCCUUACCUUCCCCUUGGAAUACCCGCAUAUGCCCCCGAAGAUGAAAUUUGAGUCGUCGCUCUUCCACCCGAACAUCUACCCCAACGGAGAAGUUUGUAUCUCAAUUCUGCACCCCCCAGAGGAGGACAAAUACGGCUACGAAUCUGCUGCCGAGCGCUGGUCGCCGGUCCAGACCCCCGAGACCAUACUGCUUUCCGUGAUCUCCAUGCUGUCCAGCCCCAACGACGAGAGCCCUGCCAAUGUGGAAGCUGCCCGGCUGUGGCGGGAGGAUCCCGCUGAGUUCAAGAAGCGGGUGCGUCGGUGCGUGCGCGAUAGUCUGGAGGAAUAA